GCCCAGAUCUUAGCUCCCAUCAAGGAGAUUUCAGUUUUUGAACAAUGUUGAUAACUUUUUAAAAUCUAUUGUUUUAAACUAGGGAGGUUGGGCACUUCUGCAAAACUGCCACCUUGGACUUGACUUUCUGGAUGAGUUAAUGGACACAGCAAUAGAGACAGAGAAUGUUCAUGAAAGCUUUAGACUUUGGAUUACAACUGACAUUCACAAACGAUUCCCCAUCACCCUUCUUCAAAUGUCGAUUAAGUUUACCAAUGAACCACCACAAGGGCUCACAGCUGGACCAAAGAGAACAUACAGUGGUGUCAACCAGGAUUUAUUAGAUGCCAGUAAAAUGGUGCAAUGGAAACCACUGUUGUAUGCUGUAGCCUUUCUGCAUUCCACCAUUCAAGAAAGAUGCAAAUUCCGGUCUCUGGGUUGGAAUAUUCCCUAUGAGUUUAAUCAAGCUGAUUUCAAUGCUGCCGUGCAGUUCGUUCAAAAACACUUGAAUCGCAUGGAUACCAAGAAGGGGAUCUGCUGGAGUACUGUUUGUUACAUGAUAGGUGAGAUCCAGUAUGGUGGUCAUGUGACAACUGACUUCGACAAAAGACUCAUGAACACCUUUGUAAAGAUUUGGUUCAGUGAAAACACAUUCAGUCAGGAAUUCAGUUUCUACAAAGGAUACAGCAUACCCAAAUAUACUAUGGUGGAUCAAUACCUUCAGUACAUACAGGUUGGUAAAUGA